GGAAGGGCAGGACCAGGCCUUUGGUAGGGGAAGGGCCGGAGAGGUGAGAGGGGUAGUGCACGGGCCGAGAGUGUCUUUCUUUAAGGAAGGCCACAUCCCAAGAGGAGCCAGAUGGCGUUUAAUGAUUGCUUUAGUUUGAGCUAUCCUGGUAACCCCCAGCAAGGGGACUUGAUUGAAGUAUUUCGUUCUGGCUAUCAGCACUGGGCACUAUACUUGGGUGAUGGUUAUGUUAUCAACAUAGCACCUCUAGAGGAUGGCAUUUCUGCACCAUUUACAAGCGCCAAGUCUGUCUUCAGCAAGAAGGCCCUGGUGAAGAUGCAACUGCUGAAGGAUGUUGUGGGAAAUGAUACCUACAGAAUAAACAACAAAUACGAUGGGACAUACUCCCCUCUCCCUGUGGAAGAAGUCAUGCAACGGUCAGAGAUGGUUAUUGGACAGGAGGUGGAAUAUGACAUUCUUGUCAACAACUGUGAGCAUUUUGUGACUUUGCUUCGCUAUGGAGAAGGAGUUUCAGAGCAGGCCAAUCAAGCAAUAAGUACCAUUGGGUUUAUGACAGCUGCUGCUUGUGCCUUCUCACUCCUGGGCUUGUUUCCAAAAAGACAAAGAGCAAAAUACUAUUAACAAUUUACUGAAGAAAUAUUGGAACUGAAGGAAUUUGUGAGGAGGAGAAAAAAAAACUGGGAUGAAUACUUAUUUUUCAAUGCAUCAUUAUUGUUCCAAAUUCCAGUGAUGGA